CUCCAGGCCCACACGUCACACGCUGAGCGGCGGUGGGAAGUCCGUCACCGCUGGACCUGCUGAAGCUUUCGAGGUUCUGUUCGGUUCCAUUUUUUAAUUUGGGUUCAAUUUCAGACCCCAGACACCGGACUCCAGAACCAGUUAUCUACAAGCGAACACGACCGAGGGCUGAUUUCAUCUCGAGACGAUCACCGGAAACCGUUGAGUGAAGCGAAAGUUGAGUCGAGAUGAGUGUGGAGGCGUACGGGCCGAGCUCCCAGACCCUCACCUUCCUGGACACCGAGGAAGCGGAGCUGCUCGGAGCGGACACCCAGGGCUCCGAGUUUGACUUCACUGACUUCACCCUUCCCAGCCAGACGCAAACCCAAGGCCAGACCCAGAGCCAGCUGGAUAGUCAGAUAAACGGUCCAGAUGAGGGUCUUCAUAACGGCGGGGUGGAGGACUCUGUGGCCAAAGCCAGCCAGUUGUUGGCCGAGCUUAACUUUGAAGAGGAUGAAGAAGACACGUACUACACCAAAGAUCUGCCUGUGCACGCCUGCAGUUACUGUGGUAUCCAUGAUCCAGCAUGUGUGGUGUACUGCAAUACCAGCAAGAAGUGGUUUUGUAAUGGACGUGGCAACACAUCUGGCAGCCACAUUGUAAACCACUUGGUGAGGGCCAAAUGUAAAGAGGUGACACUGCAUAAAGACGGGCCGCUGGGCGAGACGGUGCUGGAGUGUUACAACUGCGGCUGUCGCAACGUCUUCCUCCUGGGCUUCAUUCCGGCCAAGGCCGAUUCAGUGGUGGUGCUUCUUUGCAGGCAGCCCUGUGCCAGUCAGAGCAGCCUAAAGGACAUCAACUGGGACAGCUCCCAGUGGCAACCGCUGAUCCAGGACCGGUGCUUCCUGUCCUGGCUAGUGAAAAUCCCAUCGGAGCAGGAGCAGCUUCGGGCUCGUCAGAUCACCGCUCAGCAGAUCAACAAACUGGAAGAGCUUUGGAAGGACAACCCCAGUGCCACCUUGGAAGAUUUGGAGAAACCCGGUGUGGACGAGGAGCCCCAGCAUGUGCUGCUGCGCUACGAGGACGCGUACCAGUACCAGAACAUCUUCGGGCCGCUGGUCAAACUGGAGGCUGACUAUGACAAGAAACUUAAGGAAUCCCAGACCCAAGACAAUAUAACAGUCAGGUGGGACCUGGGUCUGAACAAAAAGCGGAUUGCCUAUUUCACACUGCCCAAGACGGAUUCAGGUGAUAUGCGACUAAUGCAAGGUGAUGAGAUCUGCUUGAGGUACAAAGGAGACCUUGCCCCGCUAUGGAAAGGCAUCGGCCAUGUCAUCAAAGUCCCUGACAACUAUGGGGAUGAAAUUGCCAUUGAGUUGCGGAGCAGUGUUGGAGCCCCGGUGGAAAUCCCCCACAACUUUCAGGUGGACUUUGUGUGGAAGUCCACUUCCUUUGACAGGAUGCAGAGCGCCCUGAAGACGUUCGCAGUGGACGAGACCUCCGUGUCUGGCUACAUUUACCACAAGCUGCUGGGUCACGAGGUGGAGGACGUCACCAUCAAGUGCCAGCUGCCCAAGCGCUUCACUGCCCAGGGCCUCCCUGACCUCAAUCAUUCACAGGUGUACGCUGUGAAGACUGUGCUGCAGAGACCCCUCAGUCUGAUUCAGGGUCCCCCAGGCACAGGGAAAACUGUCACCUCAGCUACCAUCGUCUACCAUCUGUCUCGGCAGGGUAACGGACCGGUCCUCGUCUGCGCUCCCAGUAACAUUGCUGUGGACCAGUUGACGGAGAAAAUAGACAAGACUGGACUGAAGGUUGUCAGACUGUGCGCCAAGAGCCGUGAAGCCAUCGAAUCUCCCGUGUCUUUCUUGGCACUGCACAACCAGAUCAGUAACAUGGACAGCAUGCCGGAGCUUCAGAAGCUCCAACAGCUGAAGGAUGAGACCGGGGAGCUGUCGUCUGCUGAUGAGAAACGCUACAGGGCAUUGAAACGCACAGCAGAGCGAGAACUGCUCAUGAAUGCUGAUGUGAUCUGCUGUACCUGUGUCGGUGCCGGUGACCCUCGUCUGGCGAAGAUGCAGUUCCGCUCCAUCCUCAUCGAUGAAAGCACCCAGGCCACCGAGCCGGAGUGUAUGGUGCCUGUGGUGCUGGGAGCCAAGCAGCUCAUCCUGGUUGGUGACCAUUGCCAGUUGGGUCCUGUGGUGAUGUGUAAGAAGGCAGCCAAAGCAGGUCUGUCGCAGUCCCUGUUUGAGCGUUUGGUGGUCCUGGGGAUCCGCCCAAUUCGGCUGCAGGUCCAGUACCGCAUGCACCCGGCUCUCAGUGCCUUCCCCUCCAACAUCUUUUAUGAGGGCUCCCUGCAGAACGGCGUCACUGCAGCCGACCGCAUCAAGAAGGGCUUUGACUUCCAGUGGCCGCAGCCAGACAAGCCCAUGUUUUUCUAUGUAACUCAGGGUCAGGAGGAGAUCGCCAGCUCUGGAACAUCCUACCUUAACAGGACUGAGGCUGCCAAUGUAGAGAAGAUCACCACCAGGCUGCUGAAGGCAGGAGCCAAGCCAGACCAGAUCGGCAUCAUCACCCCAUACGAGGGCCAGCGCUCUUACCUGGUCCAGUACAUGCAGUUCAGCGGAUCCCUGCACACAAAACUUUAUCAGCAAGUUGAAAUCGCCAGCGUAGACGCCUUUCAGGGCAGAGAGAAGGAUUUCAUCAUCUUGUCUUGUGUUCGUGCCAAUGAACACCAGGGCAUCGGCUUCCUCAACGACCCUCGACGUCUCAAUGUGGCGCUGACCAGAGCAAAGUAUGGUGUGAUCAUCGUGGGGAACCCCAAGGCCCUCUCCAAGCAGCCGCUGUGGAACAACCUGCUGAACAACUACAAAGAGCAGAAGGUCCUUGUGGAGGGUCCACUCAACAACCUGAGGGAGAGCCUCAUGCAGUUCAGCAAACCCCGCAAGCUAGUCAACACCAUCAACCCUGGCGGACGUUUCAUGAGUACUGCAAUGUAUGAUGCCCGUGAGGCCCUCAUCCCUGGCUCUGCCUACGACCGCAGUAACGCUGCUGGACGUCCAUCCAACAUGUACUUUCAAACUCAUGACCAGAUCGGGAUGAUUGGUGCAGGCCCCAGUCACAUGGCUGCUAUGAAUAUUCCCAUACCUUUCAACCUGGUGAUGCCACCGAUGCCUCCAGCCAGUUACCUGGGUCAGACCAACGGACCAGCUGCAGGUCGUGGAGGGAUGAAGGGAAAGCCUGGCCGCGGUGGGCGACAGAGGCCCCGCGGGACAGGACACCACGGCACUGGUCAGGGCAACGGACCAAACAGCCAGGCCAGCCAGGACGGGGCCUCCCAGUCCUUCUCCCAGGGGCCACUGACUCAGGGCUACAUCUCCAUGAGCCAGCCCUCUCAGAUGAGCCAGCCUGGCCUCUCCCAGCCUGAGCUGUCCCAGGACAGCUACCUGGGAGAUGAGUUCAAGUCCCAAAUCGACGUGGCUUUGUCCCAGGACUCGACUUACCAGGGUGAACGUGCAUACCAGCAUGGUGGGGUGACUGGGCUGUCACAGUACUAGAGAGUUGCUUGAAGAAGGGAGCUAGGCUUGAGCUGAGCUUAGUUCAUCAGCUUUUUAAUCUGAGAAAUAAUAAAAACAUAAAAUGGAUACCUGUUUUCCUCUGCUACAACCGAAGCACCACUGAGUGAAAGCGACGGGAUAGCGAAACCAAACUAAUGACCAGCGAGAGAAAUAAGAGGGUAGAAGAAGAAGAGGAGGGCGCGAACAGACGGGCAGGGAGAUGGCGAGAGAGGCCGAGUGAACGAGCCAGAGGCCGGGGAGCGCUGCCCGUCAAGUGAAGUCGGGGAAAGAUGGCGGCGUGUGGUCGAGCUGCCGAGGGAAACGGAGGGAGAGAUCUCGCCGUCUCUCGUGGGAAUCCAAACGAGGCUCAUCUCCCGAGUAAAAUAACCCACCACGACCCCCAGUUUAUCCACAGCCUGUUGGAGCGAUGACGAUUUGAACUCUUCAGACGAGGACUGAAGGUUUCUGGAUGAAUUUAAAGAACUUAUUCACCGAUGCUGCUGGAGGACUGACCAGGCAAAACAAAACCCUCGUCCUAAACAUCAGUUUGAAGCUCCACUUAUUUUUAAAGAUAUCCUAGAUUAUAAAUUAGGCAGAUCACGGGAGAAGAGAACCGCCAUUCAUCUAAUGAGCCCAGAAUCCUCAGCAGCCUCUGAAGGAAGCAGCGGUCGACGCACCCUCGGGGAGGAAGUAAAAACAUGGUUUCUGUGCUUGAGUCUGCUAUUGAAGAGCCUUGAAUUGAAAUACCUUCCAUUUGCCUUGAUGACCACUGGCUCAUUCGUAAAGGUCUUCAAUGGGGUGGUUCCGACCAUACAUCAGUGGUGGAGUGGCACGGGGAUUUCAGACUGUUUUUUCAAGGCAUGACGCGCGAAUCCCUACUGAUUUCGCGAACAUCAUGGGACAAUUUUUCUUCUCUGAAGUACCUUUCUUAUAUCACAGAGCACAAAAUUGCAAAAAAGUCAUCGAAACUAUCAAACAUGACCAGCAUUGAAUCUUCAACUUGUCAUUUGAUGUUUCAGCGAAGGCUUUUUUUUUUCUUUGAAUCUUCUGAAAGCAGGGGUUAUUGAUGAGCAGUGUCCCCACCCUCUGUGCUUCAUGACCAGGUGUCUCUUUUAAAACACUCUGUGUACGCUUAGAUUGGCAAACGCUCAAAUGCUUUGCGUUGAGGAAUUCCUCAGGGGAUUGUGGACUGUCCACAUUUAUCAUAUAAAUCCCCGUCUCAAGGCGAAAGAAACCAAACAAGGGCAAAAAAAAAAGUUGAGGCUUCAGGCAGUUGUGGCAAUCAGUCCACCGCAGUUAAGGAGAGGAAAAGGAAGGUGGCUAAAACCAAGGAUGUUUUUCACAUCUGGAAAGGAGUUCUGGGCAUUUCCAGGAUUUAGAAAGAAAAAUGUAGAGGGAAAAAUGUGGCCAGCGGACUCAAUGUGACCACAUUUGACCCAGUUAUGAACCCGAUUUGAUACAGCACUUUGAUUUUCACCUGUGAAGAGUGAGUCUGAUGACGUCACUCUCCAGCCACACGAGAAAACAACAUAGCAGUAACCAAAAUACUCCCAUGUCUAGAUAAUCAGGAUAAAAUGAUGCUGUUCAGAAAGGGAAAUAUUAAAUAUGCCCCAUAAUUUUAAAUUUAUUUUAUUCUAAAGAUAUUCAGUUGUUUCCUGGUUCAAGUACUUUUGGAACUUUCGUGAGCCUGCUUACGAAGCACCAUCAGUACGGACUGCACGAUGGCGAGGAGACAAACGAAAAGCGAAUGAAAAACCCGAAUCAGUGCCUAUAACCAAACACCUUCAGCUGCAGCACAAGCAUGAAUGUAGGUGAAAUCAAACUACCAGCAUAUAAAACCUUCCAGACAGCAGAGGGCUCACAACGAAAAAAAAAAAAA